UAUUCUGCAUAGUUUCUUAUUAUUUUAUGUAUAUUAAUAUUAUUAAUAUUUGUUUUAUAUAUAAAAAUGUCUUCGUGUAGUGCUGAAGAAAUAGCAGAGAAAAAACGUAUUGCUUUAGAAAAAUUGAACGCAAAAAAAGCAUCUUUAAAGAGUGCUACAACACAAAAUAAAAACUGCAGUAAUGUUACUCCUCCACAUAAGAAUACCUAUACAGCACCACAACCCGUGAAACCAGUGUCAAUAAUAAAAACCAUCAGUCCAACAUCUAAAGUUAUUUUACCUAAUAAUGCAAGCAUAAAUUUUUAUCAUAACAAAAAUAAUAACAAUAAUCAAAGUGAGCCACCAAAGAACAAUGCCAGUAAUAAUGUUGUCGAAAAUAAAGCCUCCUCGUUUCUAAAUGCAUUAAAACAGAGCAGUACGUUUCCACAACGAGCAAAUGCACGUGAAUCGACACAUCCAUAUCACCGUAAAGCUGUACAAUCAACGAGCCACUCAGCGACAAAAGGACCAACAUUAAGUUGUCCGCCAACUAAAUUGGCACCAGUUUUUGUUAAGACUGUGAGCUGUAAGGUUUAUGUAAUAAGUCGCCAUACGUUUGCUGUGCAACCAUCUGGCUUCCACGCGCAACUAAUUGAAGUUUUUAAGACAAUACCGUCUAAAAAUUUUGAUCGCAAUACACGUAUUUGGUCUUUUGCACUUAGGGAUUAUCAGCUAGUCCAAAAAAAGGUAGCCGAUUUAAAGCCUGAUGUAGUUAUUGGUGUGAUACCAAAAAUUGUUCUCCAUUUAUGUCAAAUGCCGCCUAAAGAGCUUGAUCGUUCCUGUUUAAGCAACAUUGAGUCAACCUUGGCAGAUAAGUUAUUACCAUUUCAACAGGAAGCAGUUUGUUUUGCUAUUGCUCAGCAUGGACGCGUUAUGAUUUGUGAUGAAAUGGGUUUAGGUAAAACAUAUCAAGCGCUUGCUAUUGCCGACUUUUAUAGAGAAGACUGGCCAUUGCUCAUUUGCACAACAGCAUCGACAAGAGAGCCAUGGGCUACUCACAUACGUCAACUUUUACCAAAAAUACCAUGCCAUUAUAUUCAGGUUUUAACAAACACUCAACAAUAUUUUGGUGAUGCAAAAGUGCUUAUAACCAGCUACAACAUGAUGGAAAAGCAUAUGUCCGAUUUAUUGGCCCGUUCAUUUGGUUUUGUUAUAUUUGACGAAUCUCAUAUGCUAAAAAACCAAAAAGCAAAAUGUACUGUCGUUGCAGAUCGUUUAUCGAUGCAAGCCAAGCAUGUGGUGUUACUGUCGGGCACACCGGCUUUAUCACGUCCUCUCGAACUAUUUACACAAAUUCAAAUGAUUGAUCGUAAAUUUAUGAAUUUUAUGGAUUUUACUUCUCGCUACUGUGAUGGAAAGCAAUCAACAUUUGGUUGGGAUGCUACUGGUCAAUCAAACCUAGAGGAAUUAAAUGUGGUGCUGAAACUAAAAUAUAUGGUGAGACGUACAAAAGCAGAAGUGUUACCUGAAUUAGCUGAGAAGUUUCGUGAAACCGUGGUUUUGGAUCCAGCGCUUGUUUGGUCUAAUGAUAGUUCUAAAGAUACAUUGGACGAAGUUUCGAAAAACUAUCUUGCCAGCAAGGGAAAACAAAAAGAAGAAAUGCUUCUAAGACUUUAUGCUGAGACUGCCAAUGUUAAAAAGCAUGCAGUGUGUUCAUAUAUCAAAGCUCUGGUAAAAGAAAAUAAGAAGUUUAUUGUAUUCGGACAUCACCGCAUAAUGUUGGACUCAAUAACCGAAUGUUUGGUUAAACUGAAAGUGAAAUUUGUAAGAAUAGAUGGAAGUACAAGAAACGAUUUGAGAGCUGAAUAUGUUGAUAGAUUUCAAAAUAAAUCAUCGUGCAAAGUGGCUGUUUUAUCUUUAAAGGCAUGUAAUUCUGGUAUCACACUUACUGCAGCUGAACUGAUAAUAUUUGCAGAACUUGACUGGAAUCCAAGCACGUUAGCCCAAGCAGAAAGUCGUGCACAUCGUAUUGGUCAGGAAAAGCAAGUAAUAUGUCGCUAUUUAAUGGCUACGAAAACCGCAGAUGAUUUCAUUUGGAACAUGUUGAAAAAUAAACAGGAUGUACUGAAUCGCGCUGGAUUAUUCUGCGAAGAUUUGCAAGAUGCUAAAAGUACUGCAGCGCCAUUAAUGUCCAACACACUUGAGAAGUUCUAUUCACCUAGUAAUCGGACCAAACAACAAUCGGCACCGGUGAAAGAACCGAUUUCGAAAAAAAUCAACGCUGAUAAAAACGAAUCAAGCAAUGAAUUAAACACGUUUCUUAAAGAUGAUGACGAUGAUGAUGCUUUUAUGGAUCUGGUAUUCUAAUAUUAUUGUGACGUAAUUGUACCUAUUUUUGAAAUUUUUUAAUAUAUUUAUAGAAUCUUAAUAUAAGUUGAAAAGUGAUGAGUUAUACACAUAAUACAUAU